AUGGUGCCAAAAACAUAUUUUAGUACAAAAACUCAACCGCUUACUGAAACUGGUGCCUCGGGUGGCCGGAGAUCUAUGCCGGUCACCGUCGUCGUGCCGUCUAGAGAUUUCAGACAAGGUUUUCGGGGGCGUUAUGUGCUUCGGCGGCAACACGCGAAACACAGCCGAACCACGCGAUUGACUCCACUCCACGCGGUGGAAAAUCGCGAUCGUGGGCGUCUGGCGAGCGGCUCCGGGGUUGUUGCCCCCGGGUCUAGCCCACUCGACAGAUCCUCAGAACUGUUGCUAAGUUCACGACCCUUGGCCGGAACCGUCUCGACUUCUUCAACCGACGCACAGCCAUCGCCGUCCGGGCACGUCUUUGACGACGAUCGGUGCAAACGAUGA